AAUCAGUCACUGUCUCACGACCUCUAUGCCGAGCACCAGCACACCAACGACCAUGCCGAGAACUACCAGACUGACUAUGAUCCGUGGGGUGCAUGGUAUGGCACUGAGCAGGACUGGACGUACCAUGAUGAAUGGAGCUCAGAGCCAUGGUACGAUGAUCCAUGGUAUGAUGGCCCUACAGAAGAAGUCUGGUACGACGCCGCUGAGCACAGUUCUCCGGAUUGGCACAGCACUGCUGAAGAAUAUGACAUGGCUGCAGAUGACCUCGAGAACUCCGAGGACUACUACCAGGGCUCCAAUGACGGCAAAAGCAAGUACAAGGGCUACUAUGAGGACUUCCAGGACUACACCACCUAUCGUCGUCAGCCCGACUAUGGUUUGUCUCUGGAAGCUCAAUCGCCCACGAGCAAUCGCACUGACAAGACACAACAGUUGGUGCAAACCACUCCACCACGCAAGGAGGAGAUCUUUGCCUGGCGAGGCCCACCUGCUGAGACAACGACUGCAGAGACAACAACAGAAGCAGCAGAGCAUCCACGGAAGCACCUUUCCUUUGCCACCACUUUGCACACGAACCACUGCACCUACCAUACGGUGCGAGGACAGAAACGACGUGGCCUUCUGAUCGAUCCAGGUGCCGCUGCAGGCUUGGUUGGCAGUGACACGCUAAGAGAUCUUCUCGAUCACUGCUAUCCGAAUGCCAAGAACGAGACGAUCUCAUGGUCCAAUUCCACCGCCACCAUCACAGGCAUCAGCGGCUGUCCAGAUCGAGCCAUUGGACGUGUGCACCUCAAGCUUCCGUUCAAGGGCCUGGAUGCUACCUACACGGCCGACGUGAUAGGCAAGGAAGGCUCACUUUGCCCAGCCUUGGUUGGCAAUCCGGCACUUUGCGAAAUGAAGGCAUCAUUGCAUUCGUGUUGGUUUGACAACAACGACGGCCUCUUGGUGACCUGGACGUCCACCUCUCAGAGUUCAACCAUGGCAGACGUUCAUCUCUUCAGGUGUCUGCUGACAGAUUCCGGUCAUUAUCUUCUGCCUUUGGAUGAUCAAGCAGCCGCAGUACAUGAACCACAACAUGAUGUGUGCCACUUCAUUCGGCAGAUCUCUGAGAUGUCCAAAGCUCAUUGGCCAGAUCAUUCCUACACGUUCUGGCAACAGGUCACCCAGGCAGCAGCAGACCCAGGACAGAAGUGGAGGUCCGCAGAGCCGACAUCUUCAUGUACUACGACAGUUGAGCCUGCGGAUACAACACAAAAGAAAGAAGUGUCCUUUGCCGAACCUCUUCAUGAAGUCCGUCAACUGCCCGAUGAUUCCGCACCAGAAGAGGCUCCAAAAGAGGAGCGUGUGAAAAGUGAAGAAGUGCGUGUGAUAAGUGAAGAUUUUCCGAGACCAGCAACAGAAGAGACCCAAUCCUCCGACCUCACUGAGGAGAUCUUUGCCACGAACCUGAGUGAUCUGCCUCUCUACACUCAGGAUGAAUAUCCAGCACAUCUGACAGCUGAAGAAUGUCAACGGCUGAACAAGGACUACAAAGCAAUGCCUGAGGAGUUCUAUGUGAAGUCAGGACGACGAGUGGUCUCUCCAUCCACCUUUCCACGAUGGAUCAAAGAGGCAAAGCGCAACAAGACCAAGUGGCAUGGCUGGGAACUAUGUUCAGGUUCUGGACGCUUCACCUUGCUAUGCGUGCUUUCUGGCCUAUCCAUGGGCUUUCCUGUUGACUUCAGGUAUGGCUGGGAUCUUGGCCUACCAGAGCACCAGAAGAUGCUUGAUGAAGCCUACGAUGUCUGUCGUCCAGACUUCCUGAUGUGCACUCCUCGAUGCAAGUUCUACAGCAUCUCCUCGUCCAGGCGAGACAGACGAGAUCUUCUACGAGAUCGUGAGAAAGAGAGACCAGCACUGGUCUACGUGCAGAACAAGCUGGCCCAACAAGUUCAGAGAAAGAAGUACUAUGUGCUGGAGCAACCAUGGAGCUCAGCUAUGUGGACAGAAAGUGUGAUGAUCCACAACCAGCAGUUCCAUGGAUACCGGAAAGCAAAGAGGACAGAUCAGUGCGCCUUUGGAGCAUGUGAUGAACAUCGACAACCUGUGCUCAAAGCCACCGGCCUUGAGGCCAACUUCAAGCUGAGAGUAGCUGUUCGCCGAUGCAAUGGCCAUCGAGGAGUUCCACACACACCUCUUCAAGGCCAACACAAUGGCAUCAAUCGAACAGCAAUGGCAGCAGUUUACCCUCAGCGCUUUUGCAAAGCGCUCAUUGAGGACGUCAUCCACACCAUUGCUCCUCAUGGUGGCCUUCGCCCCAAGAUCCUGCACAGCUUGGCGCAGACAGCAAUCUACUACAAGUGUGAGCGCUGCGAGUUGGGACGAGCAGUCACUUUGACAGCGCCUGCUGAUUACAACUUGUCUCCUGAAGAUCAAGUACAUCUCAAAUACUUGCUGUGCAAGAUCGUGGAAGACAGCAUGUCCGUCUUUGAAGCUGCCGGUGGAAAAGAAUAUCACUACUGGCUCACUGAUCCAUCCUUGAUGAUGGCGGCCAAACACGUCCUCAGAAAGAUCCUCUACGUCUUCGGAGUCCACGUGGUGCUUCAUCCAUUUGCCAAACCAUUUCCAGAGCCUCACCUCUCUGCAGAACAAGCGCCACUACGAUUGAUUUGCCGGGGAACCUAUGAAUCAUGGCAGGUUCAUUCCAUCGAGGAUUUGAGAGAACUCUCAGCCUCCCAGCAAAGGGAGGCCAUCGAAGAAGAGAAUUGGCUGAUCGCAUUUUUCGGCAGCUACGAUCCUCCAGCGUCCGCAAAAGGAGGCGUGUUCUACAACGUGGACACUUGCGCAGAAUCCAUGUAUCAGUUGAUGCAAUUGGUCGAAGAAAUCCAGCAAUACAAGCAAAUGGUCCUCGGCUACAAGCGAAUCAUCACUCCUGAUGGCCUACAGUGGAAGACUCUGCCGGUACAACCAUCUGAGGCACAGCAACAAGUUCUUCAGCACUUCACUCAAUGGACAAGUUGGUUGCAGCACAACAUCCACGGCAUCAUCUAUGGCCAAGCCUUGAGGACAGUGACCCCUUUUCCUGGCACCAGGGGCACUUUGUUUGUCUGGCAAAAGGGGACAGCCAACUUCGUGAGGAUGCUGAAGCAAGACGAUCAACAAAUGAGGAUGAAGAACCUUCAUGAGGCACAAUGGGAGCAUCUAUGUGUUCUCUACAUCUACUACUACCCCGAGACGUUUGAAGAGCCUGCAUCCAGUUCACCGGCAUCAGCUCCGGAACGGGCACUUCAGAUGGAUCCAGAUGCACCGCAUCCUCCAGCCAUCGUGCCUGAUGACACAUCUAUGUCAGAAGCUGCAAGCGUGCCAGUUGAACGCAUGGAGAUGGAAGAUGCGCUGUCAUCGGUCAUCCCACAGUUACCUCAAAAGAGAGAGACACCACCAUCACCGACGCCAAGCACAAUGCCACUGCCGGAGAAGAGACUGCGACUUGAUCACCACACACAGAAGGAGAAGAAAGACUUGAGGUCGCUUGCAUCGACCAACGAGCUGGAAGGACACUUCUCCAUUGUCACCAAGGAGUACCAGAACCUGCACACUCUCCACUGGCUGAUGGAUCGACAACGUCGACACCGCCUUUACACCCAAGAUCUGUGGGAGGAGUGCUACGUAAUGCCGAAAUGGUACUACAAUUUGACAAUGAAAGAUGUCCUCACCAGGUCAGUGCACCAACAUGCUCAAGUACAUCGAGAACAUGAACAAUACCUGGUGCACUGGUAUGGACACAAGCAUAAGACCUUCUUUGUGGACAUGGCAUCCGGCGGCAGUUUUGCUUCAGUCACAGCAGAAGACAAUAUUGCCGAGAAGGACCUGCCAUCAAUCUGGCCACAAGUCGAAGAGGCCGAUGCCAAGGAGAUUGCACAAUUCGUCCAUGAAAAGGCCUUUCAGAAGAUUCGACUUUCUGAAGUACCUCCAGGGCAUUUUGACAUGGGCUUUCCGCAAGCCAGAAAAGACGAGAAAGAAGGCUCCACGUACACCUUCACCUUCAUCGAGCGAAUCGCCUAUGGCAACUUCCCGGCCGAUGAGAACCACGCCUUCACCGUCUAUCGAAAGGAGGACACUCG